UUAUGGCGACGCCAUCGCCGCCGAAGCCGUGGGAAAGAGGACGCGCUGCCUCAUCAUCNGGCCUUGACUCCGUCGGCCGCCAUACCCACAUCGUCCAUGGCCGCUACCCCAUCAUCAGCAAACACUACCACAGCUGCGACACCAGCGCUACCAUCGCGACCCGAGUCGCUCAACUCUGUCGUUGAUCGCACCGCAUCCAAUUUCUCCAGCGCUCAACCUUAUCAGUCCUCGCCCUACGGCUACGGUGGUGGCUCCAUGACNCUCGCCAUACUCGCGCUUCGGUUCUGGAUAUGGCGGAGGCAUGUACGGAGGCGGCAUGUACGGAGGAGGUGGCAUGUAUGGAGGAAGCCCCUAUGGUGGCAUGGGAGGCAUGGGCGGCAUGUACGGCAAUGGCUACGGCGGCAUGGGGGUCCCAUGGGUGGCCAGAGCCUGACGCAGUCAUUCAGCCAGAGUACACAAACCACCUUCCAGCUUAUCGAGAGCAUCGUUGGUGCCUUUGGUGGCUUUGCUCAGAUGCUUGAGAGCACGUAUAUGGCUACCCACUCGAGUUUCUUUGGUAUGUUUCUUGCUUAUCCCACUACCAUCAUUUUACUAAUGUUUCUCUANGCCAUGGUCUCAGUAGCCGAACAGUUUGGUAAUCUACGGCAAACACUAGGCCAGGUCCUAGGCAUCUUCACCAUCAUCCGAUGGAUACGCACAGCCAUGGCCAAACUGACCGGACGCCCACUCCCUGCAAGCAGUACCGACCUCACCCCUGCCAACUUUGCAAGCUUCAAUGGCCGCCUUCCUGACGGCUCUCCCGCACCUCCCCGUGCCAGCAAGAAGCCCUUUGUCAUGUUCAUCGUCGCAGUCUUUGGUCUGCCAUACCUCAUGGGCAAGCUCAUCCGCGCCCUCGCCCGCAGCCAAGAGGAAGAAGAGCAACGCCGCCUUCAGGCCGAAGGCCCCCAACAACCUCUCGAUCCCUCCAAACUCGACUUCUGCCGUGUCCUCUACGAUUUCAACCCCGAAGCAAACGCAAACGCAGUCCAAGGCGUCGAUCUCGCCGUCUCCAAGGGCGACCUUGUUGCUGUGCUCAGCAAGACAGAUCCCCUCGGCAACCCCUCCGAAUGGUGGCAAUGCCGUGCUCGCGACGGCCGCAAGGGCUACCUCCCUGCCCCUUACCUCGAGACCAUCCAACGCCGCCCUCAAGGCCAGAUCACCAGCGAAACCAGCCCUGCUGGCAGCCGUGCCCAAACAAUGACCACAACCAGCGCCGACAGCCGGUCAAACACCAUGCUCGACAGAGAAAAAGAACUCGUCAAAGCAGCUCCCAGAGACUUGCCUCCAAAUGUUCAAGGCAAAGCCGGCGAUCUCAGCGUCGAGAGUUUCCAAAAGGGUCAAUUUUACUCGUGA